AUGAUGCAAAACAACGGCAAUGGCGCGCUGCCCAAGGCGUACAAGAUCAUGAUCCUGCAAGGAGAUCACAUAGGUCCCGAAAUCAUGGCAGAGGUGUUGCCACUCUUCGACCUCGUCCAGUCGCGCUACGACAUCAAGAUCGAGGCAGUCGAACGUCUGAUCGGAGGCGUAUGCCUUGAUCAGCACGACUGUCCCAUUCAGCAAAGCACACUGCAAGAAGCAUCGAGUUGCCAUGCUAUUCUCCUAGGAAGCGUCGGAGGUCCCAAGUGGGAUGUUGGCGACUCGAGCAGAAGACCAGAGACAGGCAUCUUGCGAAUGCGCAAGCAUCUCAACCUCUAUGCUAACGUGCGACCUGCCAAGAUCAUAUCGGAACGCCAGCUCAAGCUCAGCUCUCUCAAGGACGACGUGGUGCGCGGCGUCAACAUCAUCACUCUGCGAGAAAACGCAGGAGGCAUCUAUUUUGGCAAGAAGCAAGAGCCAGAUCAACAAGCCACGAAAGCCUCAGACCUCUGCGAAUACACGCGCGAGGAAGUGGUCCGGCUCACCCAUGUCGCAGCAGCCUUGUCUCUCGCCAAUGAUCAAGACCCGCUGCCCAUCAUCUCGGUCGACAAGGCCAAUGUCAUGGCUACAUCGCGUCUCUGGCGCCAAGUCGUCACAGAAACGAUCCGCGAUGAGUAUCCCCAGCUCAUCGACAAGCUCAGCCACCAUCUAGUCGACUCAGCUGCCAUGGUGCUGGCACGCGAUCCGCGAAAGCUCAAUGGCGUUAUCCUGACCGAGAAUCUCUUUGGCGACAUUCUCAGUGAUCUGACCUCGGUCAUCCCAGGUUCACUCGGCCUCCUCGGAUCUGCCGAGCUCGAUGCUCCACCGACUCUUUCUCGAGAUGGCCGACUGCCCGUGGGGGUGUAUCAGCCCGUCUCGGGAUCGGCACCCGAUAUCGCUGGCAAGGGCAUCGCUAACCCCAUCGGCAUGUUCGAGUCGUUCGGACUCAUGUGCCGAUGGUCGCUUGGUCUGCCAGAGCCGGCUGAUGCCAUAGACAGCGCCAUCAAGAAGAGCCUUGAGACAGGACAAUGCACGCGAGACGUUGGAGGCACGUUGUCCACCAAGGAAGCCGGAAGCUUGUUGCGACAAUGGAUCCAAGAGGCCUUGUCGUGA